AUGACUUCGUAUCUUCUUCUUUUCCAAUUGAUUCAUUUUUCGGCAGCUUUAAUCGACAGUCCCUCUCAAUAUUUGUCAGGUAGCUUGAAUAUAUUAUUAGUAUUAAUUAAGUAAUCAGAAUUUGGCGUCAUCACUUUGAUUGUGGGACCAGAAUGGCAUAUGUACAAUUUGGAAUUGACAACUUUGACAGACGAGAUAAUGGUAUUUGGAAGGGAAUGCGUUGGACGGAAGUGUCUUGCGGGAAGAGACAUCGUCGGAUUCUAUGAUGGCCCGUCAGUUUUACUAUCAGUAUCUACUAUAAUAUCCAGCUACUUUCAGAACCUAUGACAGAAGUGGUCCUCACAAAUAUCAACCCGGGCUGGAGUCUUACAGAUUUUCAAAUGUCCCAUUAAAAGUUUGUUUUCGCUAUGGCAAUCCUAAAAUUACGAUAUUAGAUAAGUAGCCUCAAAUUCGAAGGGAAUGUAAUGGUCUUUACCCCGAAUCCGAAAGAACAAUUGGACUCCCACUUUCUGGAGCAGAACACUUUCAACAUUGUAGAUGGUUACUUCCCGAUGAGAUUUGGUGGCCUCCAUGUUUUCGAUUCAAUGUUUAAAGCGAAUCAAAGUCUUGGGAGAUUUGUUACGUUCGUUCCUUCCAGUCCGACAGUAAGUAGGAGAACAAGUAUACCUACUGAGCUAGACUAAGAAUUUUAAAGAGUGGAGCAACCAAUUCCCUAUGUAUUAAUGUCUACUAUGACAUCGGAAUAUUAAGCUUAUUUUUUUACAGUCUGCUUCAUCCGGAUUGCAUGUCGGCCAUUUGCCCGACGAUCUCUGUGACACUUUCAAGCCCCUGGUAAUCGCGGAUCAAUUUAUAGGAGAAGUUGAAUUCGACGUCGGGCUGAUGACUAACGCUACAGUAAGACACGGGGGUGACGAGAAGGUGUUCAACGUCUUCCUCCAGUUCGGCCCGUGGUAUUCAUUCAGUGAGGCCUUCGCUAAAUGGUUUUUUGGAGAUCUGGCUUUCAAAAACAUCCCACAGGAUGAUUUCUACAAGAUUCCCGAAGAAAUGAAGAUUAAAAUAACCGGAUUGAACAUUACAAUUCCCACCACGUCUUUGUUUAAACUGACAAAUAAGGUCUACAAUGUGAUGUAUAAGAAGCAAAAGGAAGCUGACAUUGGGUUGAGUCAACGAGCCAUCAGAGAUAAAUGCAUUCGGAUAGAUAAAAUACCCAAAGUGUGGAUGUGGGGACUCAGUCAGAGGCUUUGA